GAAUAAUCGAGCAACUACAAAAUGCAGAGUUAAAGGAAAACAUGAGCUUGUGUCAAGACGUAAGCAGGGAGUGUGGAUUAGCGGGGAUUGGGAACCAUUGGAACAGCAGUGACAUGGAUCAGGGAUGGUUUUACUACAUUGAGCCCUUACAGCACUGGAGAAACCUUCAGACCAUGACAUGGCUCCAGCCGGUGUGUCAAGUAAAUGACAAAACAGACAGAUUCCUGGCCUCUCCAUGUUGUAUUUUCUGGUUGGUGCCCUGUUCGGGACCCUUUACGAUCAAGAGAAAAAUGACAUUUAAAAUUAAUGUUAACUUCAGUGACUACACAUACCUGUACACAGACGUCAACACCUACAUCCCAGAUAUCUCAACCGCCCCAUGCGAGGCUUCAUCACCGUUCAACAGAUACGCCAUUGUCGUGAUUUAUGCUUCUGUUUUCUUACUUAACAUAGUGGGCAACAGCCUCGUGAUCCUUGUCAUCUGCCACAACAGAGUAAAGAGGUCGUCCACAGACGUCUACCUGCUGAACCUGGCCAUCGCCGACCUCCUUUUUUCCAUAACGUUGCCCUUCUGGGCCUCAUACAAAGUCAGUGAGUGGAUGUUUGGCAUCACCAUGUGCAAAAUCAUCUCCAUACUCCAAGAAGUCAACUUUUACAGUGGAAUCCUCCUGUUGGCUUGUAUAAGCGUAGACCGCUACCUGGCUAUUGUCCAUGCAACAGAAUUCUUCACCAGGAGGAGGCAUUGGGUGAAGUUUAUCGCCAUCGCUAUCUGGAUCAUCUCAUUCGCUCUGUCUAUUCCAACCAUUUGGUUAAGAGAUGUCUAUACAACCCCCAGGAGUGGAGUGGUCUGUCACGAAAACCUGGCAGAAGAAACUGAGAAGUGGAUGCUUAAUAUUCGUAUCGGACGACACUUGACGGGAUUCUUCAUCCCGUUACUGGUUAUGCUCUUCUGUUACGGAUUUGUCAUAAAGACACUUUUUCAGGCCAAAAAUAGCCAGAAGCACCGAGCAAUGAGGGUUAUCCUAGCCGUGUUCUUUGUCUUCCUGAUCUGCUGGCUGCCCCACAACAUCACCGUAAUUGUGGACUCUCUCAUGAGGACAAGGCAUAUCAAUGAAACCUGUGCCCUACGAAACAAGCUGGACACGGCCCUGGACAUCACCGAAGUGUUUGGGUUUACCCACAGCUGCAUUAACCCUAUUCUGUACGCAUUCAUAGGACAAAAGUUUCGACACAGUUUCCUGUCUAUCCUUGCAAACAAAGGGAUUAUAAGUAAAGAUAGACUGUCCAGCUAUGGACGCAGCCUCUCCAUCAUGUCAUCGUCAGCCUAUACAUCCACCACCAUCUAGUGCUGCAAAGAAUCAGUCACUAUAGGGGAAAAAGACCAAAAACUAAGUCAAAGAAGUCACGUGACAUCAGAGCCAUGUGCACUAUAGAUGUGAAUUAUGGGAUGAUAAUCUGUAGAGUCUUAAUAUAAAGAAACAUGUUAUAUACAGAACAGUGCUCAUCAUGUAUAGUGAGGAAGAUUUUGAUUUAAAAAAAUUUAACACAUUUGGACAAUUAUGUUUUUUUAUUGUUGUUUUUUUAAAAGGGAAAAGAUCAUCAGAAAAUGAGCUACUGUAUAUAUCAAGUUAUCAAUUUCAUUAUCUAUAA